AUGUUGCUGUUAUUUCUUCCUAUGAAUAUUCACAAGAACUUGAAAAAAGAAUGGGUCUUUGGAAAAUUAGCAUGCUCUAUCAAUAACUCCGUAAAAUUUGUCAAUAUGUUCGUCUCUAUCUUUAUGUUGAUGCUAAUGGCCGUCGAUAGCUUUCCCCUUCUUAUCCUAUUUCUGAUGUAUAAAAUCCCUUUUGAGCACCGUCUAUCAAAAUAUCGUAACAAUCCCUUGGUAAUCGGAAUAACUUGUCUACUUGUUUGGUUGUUUGGGUUCUUAGCUGCUUAUCCCAACUUUAUCAGAAGUGAAUUCCUUUACGAGAAUGGACAGGCCGAGUGCGGCAUCAAUUGGUGGGGCAAGAACAGGACGUUGAAAGAAGAGGCAGCCAAGUGCGGCCCUGAUGCGAAUAUUAAUGGCUCUAAUGUUAUGACAGGUUGGCGAUGUCGCUGCGGUAUGACGCCUGAAGAACGAACAUACAAUAUGCAUUUAUUUGGUUGGACAUUUAUCCUGCCACUGACUUGUAUUGUUUUUUCUUACUCGAACAUAGGUUAUGUUAUCUGGAAAUCGUCAGAGCGGACGAGAAGUUUUAGUAUGACGAGAGCAGAUUCAAGGCGCUCGGCAAACACGCGCACGAAACGUUUGAUGAUUCUUAUUGUCACUCUUAUUGUUGUAUAUAUUGUUUGCUGGACACCUUAUCAUUUAUUUCAUUUAUUAGUUUAUUGUGGAGUCAAGCUUGACCACAAUCCCUGUUCAAUAUUUGAGCAUGUUUAUAACACUCUUAUCUGGUCGAAUUCUGCUGUGAAUCCGAUUUUAUAUUCCUUUCUUGGGCACGGAUUUAAACAAAAACUCUAUGAAGUUUGGAAGAAAAUAAAGCGUAGCUGGCUGUGCAUACGACUCGUAUCGAUGAGGGAACACCGCACAAACUAUUUUGGAGAGAAUGAACACUUGGUAUUUACUCCGAGCACAACUGUCCCAUCAUAUCACCAUAUGAUUGGAAAGACAAAUGUUGUCAGCUUGGGCUACGGAAGAUCGUUUCUUAAAAUAAUAUAG